AUGUACCUCACAGCUGAUGAGCUUCAAAAUGCAGCUCUGGACUUACCUGCCAAGUAUAGGAUCGCUCUGAGUGAGCAAAACUGCCCUUAUCUCAUUGAGGGAGGUACUGAAGCUAUGGGCGACGCCAUGGCGUUAAUACUCGAACAAGAACUGAAUGAAACGUUACCUUAUCCCUCCGGACACUCGGGCGACGUUUUGCGGUCGCGUUUCCGAUGUUUUCAGCUUGACAGUGUUGUAGAAAUCCUAGACAACUACCUGGCUGUGUCAGUAAGCAUUAGCUGUGAGAAACUGAGGAAUGUAAGGCUCGACUUUAGGGACUGGUACGCACAUGAGGUCCGUCGCAUCUUCGCGGAUGAGAAGGGAACUACCUUCUGUUUUGAAGACCUGGAGGGCGAGCUUCAGUCGCUGUUCUCCCGGUCGCCGUUAACUGAACCAUGUGGACUCACACUGGAGCUGAAUGCGAUUCAGUCCAGUAAGCAUGCUAAGGUUGAAAGAGGCGAACUCACGGUUCAGCGGAACGCUGCCAUUCCGAGGGAUUUGCGUCGUGUAAUCCCAGAACCUAUAGUCGUUGUAAUUCUAAUCAAUGGCCAGCCGGUGCGAGCCCUGUUAGAUACCGGCUCUUUAGCAGAUUUCAUGUCAGCAAAGCUGGCUCACCAAUUGAAGGCCGAAACCUUCGAGCUCGCAAAGCCGAUGCCUUUGCAUCUUGCUGUACAAGGCUCUAGAGCGAAAAUAAAUUAUGGCUGUAUUGCUUUAGUCGAGUAUCAGAAUAUCAAGGCAAAGAGAUACUUCGAUAUAAUCAACCUGCUGAAUUACGACGUGAUUCUAGGCACACCAUUCUUCUUUCAACACAAAGUACUUACCGGGUUCAAUCCGACGAAGGUGGUCAUUGGAAGCUCGUCCCCGCUGCCUAUCGAGGGCAAACAGGCUCGUGUCCUCGAGUCUAGGGCUGCCGAGGUUUUUGCAAAUCGUGUUGAAGCUGCGAGGAAGCUUCUGAGUGAGUAUGCAGCCCCAAUUUGCAAGGAGGCGAGCGACUCUCCCCUUCCUCCUCUGAGAGCGAUCAACCACACGAUUCCGCUCAAAGACGAGUCGAAAAUAUACUCGUGGAGACCAUCUAAGUGUCCGGAUGCACUCAGGGACCUUUGGCGAGAAAAAAGGGACGCUUACCUGAAGUCU